GAGAGCUGUUUUUCCUGGAUACCACACUCCAGGCCUGUCGCACAGACUCAAGACAGACACAGUGAGAGGAAGGUCGCGAGGUUUGGACUAUGGGUGUCUAUGCAAGUUAUUUCCACAAGAGCGAAGGACAAAUGCUUAUAGACCUGACAGAUCCUUCUCAGGCAAACUGGAUUACAACACACGCGGAGGCCUGCAAAAUGACGGUCCCAGAGGUGCAGAGAUGCUGGAGCCGAUUCCUCAUGCUGCGGCCGGAUCAGAAGGGAAACGUGUCUCGAGCUCAGCUUGCCAGUGUGACAGAUACAUUUGGCCACAAGUUGCUGGAUCAAGUUCCUCUUACAGAUGAAGACCGGAUAACAUUCCAAACCUAUUGUAAUGCUGUGUGCUGGCUGUCGAAGAGCCCUCUGGAAACCAGACUUAAAGGAUUAUUUCAGACCAUAACGUCUGGCACCAUCGGCAAGGAACAGCUGCAGUCUCUGCUGCAGAACCUGUACCCCAGAGAAGACCCAAAGACCAUUCAGGAACUUGGCACUCUUUACCUCAGUGAAGUGGAUAAAAGCAAUCAAGGUUAUAUUGAUGAAGAUCAGUUUGUUGCUUGGAUGCAGACCCUUCCACAACAUAUGUUAACAUCAGUGAUGCAUUUUCCAAUAAUACCAUCAAACAUCACUCUUCUUAAGGAAUUACAGCCAUCUUUUCCUACUGCAGCUGUGGAUUUCAAGGACCGAUCAGGGUUGGAUGACAAGCAGCUCCUGAGGGUUGCAGUGGAGAUGUCCCUUAAGCGCAGAGACUGGAAGCUCUUAGCAAACAACUUGGGCCUUGUGGAGAAGGACUGCUCCUGUCUGGAGCGGGAGCGUUUGGAUGUGAAGACCCAGAUCCUGGCAAUGUUGCAGAUUUGGCUAAGGACCUGUCAGGAAGCCCCCCUUCCUCUCCUGCAAACUGCGCUGAGACUCAGCGGCAACACAGACAUUUGCAAUGAAGUGUUCUCCUUAAACUUCUGAAGCUCUCGUGUGGGCAGCGUGCAAAUUAGAGACAAAUGCACACGUUGCACUUCAAAGAGCCAUUCUCCUUGGGAGAGCAAACAUUGGUGCUCAUUAAUUGUAAUGGGAAAGUGCAUCUAAGGGUAUGUCUUCACUACCGGCCGUAUCGGCGGGUAGCAAUCGAUUUACCCGGGAUCGAUAUAUCGGGUCUCGUUAAGACGCGAUAUAUCGAUCCCCAAAUGCGCUCACCGUCGACUCCGGAACUCCACCAGAGCGAGCGGCGGUAGCGCAGUCGACGGGGAGCCGCGGCCAUUGAUCCAGCACCGUCUGGACCCCAGGUAAUUCGAUCCAAGAUACUUCGACUUCAGCUAUGCUAUUCGCAUAGCUGAAGUUGCGUAUCUUGGAUCGAUCCCCCCCCCCCCAGUGUAGACCAGCCCUAAAUCUCUUAGCAACGGCUUUGAAAACUGAGCUGUAAUUUUGCUAUCUAGUGGACCGAGGCAGUGCCAGGCAUACUCGCCCAUUCAGAUCCUGAGAGCCAGGUCAUAGCAUCUGUCCGUCAUAUCAGUAGCUGGAAAUCCUAAAUUGUUUUGAUUUUUUUUGCAGUAGUUUUACUUUUCAACCUGUUGGAUUGGGGGGAGGAAGCAUGUUCCCUCAAAGACCUUAUAUCUUGGAUCCUUCGCUAUCUUUAUGGCUUGUUUUGUGAAAGGCCCAUUGCUGUGGGUAUCUGGGCAGUUAGCAUUUCUUUGGCAUUCGUGUCAGAAAGAGUCGAGCGCCAUCUGUUACCCCUCUGCUGCGAAGGACUAGAUUACAGAUCUCCUCAGUGGGUAAAGUGGCACCUUCCACUCCUGUUACAAACUUCUGUUACUUCUGUUGCAUUUGCCCAGCUCUGCUCCUAAUUAACUAAUCGAUCCUUUUCCUGCCCUUCCACGCUAGCUCCACUGAAGGAGAGAGGGUGAAAUUCGCCCUGUGCAGUGGACCAGCACAAAGCUAACAUAGGAUUUAAGUGGUGCAUAAGCUUGAGGGCUUUUAAGUGGGACUUAAAGGGGGUAUAGUCCCAUUCUGAUCCUCUGCAUAUGAGUGAGUUUCACCCCGGAUGUAUAACAGUAGUGGUGUAAAUUCAUAGUAAAGCAAAUGCCUUUUACAAACAGAAAUAGGGAGUUUUAUCUCCAUCUUUCCAAACCAUACUCGUUAUUCUAGUAUAUAUCUUUGUUAUGGAUUACUUGUUACAAGUGCAUCAACUGCUCUCUUUCAAGAGAAAGUCUUUGUGUUGUAUAUCAAUUGAAAAAACCACCAAUGAAACUUUAACUGAUUUUAUUUCCAAUUUGUUAGCUUCUGCAGCCACAGUGCCUAUCCGUCAGGGCGCUAGAAAAUCCAUUCGUUUUCGAAAGCACCGAUUGCACUGACGCACAGUAUAACAAAUGUAGCUGAUAUGCAAAGUUGCCAAAUUUAACACGGGGUUAAGCAUUGAAUUGAAAAGGAAUGCUGAUUCCUAGCAGCAGACAUACUUCUUAGCGUUUUUGUCUAAAAAACUGUUUGGGAAUAGAUAGUUCUGGCAGUAGGUUUAUAUAAAUAAAUCGCGUUGCAAUAUCUAGCUUA